UCUGGGAUGCAGAGGGAAAUCCCAUAGAGAGGGGGAAAGCAGACAUGAAGUUCGAGUUCAAGGUCGAGGGAUGGAAUGGCGAAAAGGCCACAUAGACUUCAUUUGGGUUUGAAUUUACAUAGUGUCAAGCUGGCACCUAGAAAUUGGCAUGGUUCCUGAUCUAUCCCUUGUAGUCGCUCUGAAAUUGCAUUUGUUGCUUUUGCCAAGAGCACAUGAUGGCUCCUGUUCAGGAGAAGCGACGCGCAGCAGCCGAGCAGAAAGUGAAUCUGCUUUUCAUCGAAAAUCGCCGAAGUGGAAAUUUGUGUAUACCCUUUCCGCUCCGAACUUCGUCUCUCGAUCAAGACCAUUGUCAUCAUUGCAACAACAAUGUCGAGUCCCACUCGAAAGAAGGCUCCCGCUGUGGGUGCCUUCCGUUCUCGAGACUCGAAACGACUCGACGACGAAAACACUCUCACGCCAAGGCGGUCCUUCCAGAAUCUGCGCCAGCUAUUCAAGCUUCCUGCUCGAGUCUUGACCCCGUUCUCACACAAACGUGAGGAUGAUCGUGGUCGAGCUCCAAUGGUCAAUCAGACGGAACCUAGGACACACAGAUUGAUGGGCGAGAUCUCUCCGACUCGAGCAAGAGCCCUGCCAUCAACUUCGAACACUGCACCCAAUCUGAGAAAAUUGGCUGCUCGCAACUCCUCCGCAACACUACUUUCCUCGCCUCUCCGUAACAUGUCAGAGCCUCUUCCCUUGCCACGGUGCCCACAGUCAGAUUACUCCUUCCGUCCUACUCCAAGUGGCUUGCGGUCUACAUACACCAUGAACCAGUGCAGCCCUCCUCGUCAACACAUACCCAAGCAUUCGCUCCCCUCAGGACCCGAGGUUGAAGCUGGCAAUAUUUCGUCAGCCCGGCGUGCCUUCACGGACAUCACUCGACGAAUCAACAGUCCCCAGCUCCACCUCCCAAGACUCAGCCUGGGUCCUCGAAAUGCAUCUUCCCCCCUCGUCACUGUUCCGUACACGUCUUGCCCUACAACCUCUACAAGCCAACAAACCUCUCCCCCUCGCCCUAUCUUCACCAAUAGCAAACGUCCUAUGCACAGAGCUGAGCGCUCACUGUCUUUGUUGAACGAAGAGAACAGACGGAAUACACACGGCGGUGGAAGACCUCGAUCAAUCACCACAAGAGACCACCUUACUACCAAGCAUUCCUUCUCAAAGAGCGUCUCUUCCCUCAUCCAAACUUCAGGACCAACAACGGCCUCCACCACACCCGCGACCCCACCACAAGCCCUCUUCACCACGAACCCUCGCUGCAUCUACAACGCACAGCCACACGCCUAUUGGGCAGGUCGCUUCACGUCUCUACACGACCAAUACCACACCCAAAUGCUCGACGACACCGUCAACGACGAGAAGCUUCUCACGUAUUUCCUCAACCCCCCCAAAGAUGAGACGAAACUCCGCCAAAUAGAAGAGCAUACCACGAGCUCUGGUACCACAUUCUACGUGCCUGACAGCGGCCCGCCUGACACAGCAAUCCGCCAAGACGAAAUCAGGAGAUGCAAGAGAGUGUUCUAUACGCUGCAAGGUCUGUGUGUUACCGCCGAGGCGAAGAACAGUCUUUGGGGCUUUCAGUUGAGGUUUGCGAGAGACAGGCAGAUGGAAGCUUGCUUGCCGAAUGGAGGAACGAUGGAGCCGGAGAAAGGGUUAAGGCCGUGGACUAAGUUGGCGACGAGGAAGAGGGAUAAUACCGCCAGUAGCGGUGGCCUUGGAGAGACUUUUUAGGGUUGUUGAGGGGUUUGCCUUGCUGAAUUGGGUGACACAUUCAUGAUUGACGAUGUUAUGAGAUAUGGAUAUGACUUUACGAGUUCACGAGACAUGAUGGCUUGUAGGAUUAAGUUCCCACCUACGGUUUCUCUAUCAGGGGGCAGCGGGCAUAAUGUUCCGCUUUUAUUGCCGGAAAUCCGAAUACGGCGCCGAAUAGUUAUUGGCUUUGUUUAUGAGAGGUC